AUGACCACUUCUCUAAAAGCAUCUAGGUCUGGGCUUCCUGACCUGGUCACACACGAAGAAGCUCUUGAGCAGGAAGAGUUUGACAAGCAUUAUCAACCCCUCCAAGUCACUUCCACAGGUCACGUCAUACGGCCAGGAGAACCCGGGUAUACACCUCCAGAGAGUGCCGUGAGCAAGAGUACAGCAUAUUCACGAUCGCGGUCGCGACCGAGCACAGCAGAAAAUAGACCUCUAACAUAUACGGAGCUUGUCCAGCGUAGCGAAUCCCUGGCGGCCGAGGUUGCAUCUCUGACCGCAGAGCUCGCCAGAAACCGCGAAUACCUUGCAUACCAGCAAGAUAGCUUCACAGUUCGUGAACGUGAACUUCGUGCGACGAUUGCAAAAUUGGAAGAGAAGGUUGCAGGAGAAAACCGCGUUGGCGCACAUCCUGAAAUAGCCGAAUUAGGGCACCUGCGGCGCUCAAUUCGAGCACAAAUAGAAGCAAUGCAACACCGUAAGCGGCAGGAGCUUGCAGCCCGAGAAACCCAGACAAAGUCUGAAUUCUUAAUGAAAAUCUGUCAACUCGAGAAUAAUCUAGCAGAACUUAGAAAUGAAAACGGAACUCUGAAGGCUGAGAAUGCUGACAAAGGUCUUUCUCGCGAGCUGUUGGCAGAGCUUCUCUUUUUGCGUCAGGAAUGUAAGCGACUUUCCACCGUUCUGGAUGCAAAGGAGGACAUACUUUUCAAUCUCAGGACUGCACGAGAACUUGAUAGCGAAGAGCUAACUGCACUGCGCGUUCAGUUGGCGGUUGCCCAAAGGGAUUAUACUAAUCUUUGCCGUAAGGUGGAACUUGCACAAGAAAUUCAGCGCAUUAGUGCUCAAUUCUCAGAUGUCUCUGCGCUUGAUGAAGCUAUUAUUGGUGCGCUGGCGAGUAGCGCACCGGGACCCGCGCGCCCCGCCUCUGCUGCUCAGUCUAGACCGUCGUCCGUAUCACGUGUAGAUGCUAUCAAUCGAGUUCUUAACCGCCUUACAGCAGAAAACCAUUAUUAUUCUGCGGAUAAUACUGUUAAGCACUCUACACCCAGUGACAUACGGCCAGCAACAGCCAAGCCACCUAAGGAACCCGAGGGAGAUAUCCGAUCCCGCAUGUUUAAGCGCCGCGAUCAAAUACAACACCUCGAGGAUGAAAAUAGACAGCUCAAAGUCGCGCUUCGAGCGGCUAUGAUGCACGCACGCCAUGCACGUGAGGACCGCCUGCGACUAGCCACGACGCCAGCCCCCGUGAGAACCCUUGUUGCAGGGUGCUUCAAAGAUGUUGAGCAUGAGAUCAAUGAAUUAUCACAGAACCGGAUACCCGAGGGAUAUGAGAAGAGCAUAAACAUAGAUGGGCGUCAUACCUUCCAGGGACUGAACCCCCGAGAUAGAGACGCAUUUCUUUUAAAGCUUUAUGGUCAGCGGGAUCUUCUUCGCAUGGCCUCGCAAGCACUCCUUGUUGAGGAAAGCAUGCUUCUGGCAGGGAAGACUCGUGCCCAGGAAGUUUUUGCUGACACUCGUAUCCGCAGCGCAUCCCAGUUUUCUCUGGAUCCUGCCACCAUGAAAUAG